AUGACAACUCCCUCCAGUUUCUUCAGAACCAUUCUUCCCCACGGUACGAACGCAUCGGUCCGGCCCGAUCAAUUCGCUUCAGAACUUCUGGAGCGGUUUGCUCGCAUGGAAGAUCUAUACCGCCACGCAGCUGAUAGUGGCGAAGGCCAUUCUCACAUUCUCCGCGAAAACCGGAACAGGGAACCACGGGGUUUCUACAAUUUCUUUCGAGAAGCCCUAAACCUGACCGAGGCGCAUAUCGAUGACUGGACCAUCUGCCACAUGCGCGUUCCUGACCUCUUCGACCCAGCCGUCUUGAUGGAGCUACUCAAGACUAAGAAGAACUACGAGUCUGCGAUUGCCCUACAGGAUGCCAUUAUCAUGGCCACAUCCUUGCGCGCCACCUGUCCAAUAUGCUGUCGCAGUUUUAGCCUGCACGCAACACUGAAAACGCACCUCCGAGACCAUGGGUCGGAAGACCAUGCGAACUUGUUGGCAGAGCCUGAUGGCAGGUUUGACACUGGUCGGGUUAUCACGGAAAUGGUGAAUUCUGCCUGGAAUCCGUCUGGCAACGGCUUUCUCAAAGAGCCCCGACUGCGCACCUCGACGACGAUUUACGAUGUGAUCACCGGGGAGACCCAUAGCAAGACGCGACACGAAAUUGACGACGGUAAUGAGAGCGACGCACCUGAUUUUCUUGCUUUCUGUUGGAAUGGGCCGUUAGAUCGGUGCGGUGACAUAGUACAAAAAGAAUGGAUAAUCUUUCAGAGGCAGGCAUUGAGACUCGUCAUUAUCAAACGUCGACGUCCAGAGUACGGCUCACCGGUUUUCAUCUGCAACGAGUUGCCGGCUGGUACCGAGUAG